ACUCGGCUUCGGCUUCGGCUCCGCGAGGUUGGCAGCCCGUCAUCACAACCAGACCGACCGUCAUGGCCGCUGUGUGAUUGUUUGUGUUCAGUUCGCUGGUGGAAGAAGGCGACACAGGGUCGCCCGCGGAGCAACGAAUGUGAUAACUCCAAGAAACAAUGAUCUCCUCCAUAGUUUCGCGACUUGUGAUAUUGGUGUUCGGCACGCUGUACCCGGCCUACGCCUCCUACAAAGCCGUGCGCACGAAGGACGUGCGUGAGUAUGUGAAAUGGAUGAUGUACUGGAUCGUGUUCGCACUCUUCACGUGCGCCGAGACCUUCACAGACGUCCUGCUCAGCUUCUGGUUCCCGUUUUACUAUGAGAUGAAGAUCAUCGUCGUCCUCUGGCUGUUGUCUCCGGCCACAAGAGGCUCCAGCAUUUUGUAUCGCAAGUUCGUUCACCCUACGCUGAAGAAGAAGGAGCAGGAAAUUGAUGAAGCUAUAAACCACGCUAAGGCCCAGGGGUACAGAACAAUUUUGCAACUGGGCGCCAGAGGUGUCGACUAUGCAAGAUAUGUGAUCAUGCAGACAGCCAUCAAGGGAGGAGGUGGAUUAAUGAACCAACUCAGGAAGAGCUAUAGUCUAUCAGAUUUGACUGAUCAACAUGAUGGGCCAAAAUACAGAGCCAUUGGCCUGGGUAGUCUUCAAGAGGAGCAUGAUAUAGUGGAUCAUCACGGAGAUCCACAAUACAUGCGUAGAUCAUACAUGCAUCCUGCUCACCGGUCAGGUUCUGUACCUAGUCCUAUGGAAAUGUAUUUCUCUGAGGUCGAUUUAGAUUUGAGGAAAAGAAGUAGAGAGGAGAGGCAGGCUGCCAUUGGCCUUCCCCUAUCUUUGGAAGAUGUGAGCUCUGGCUACUCCAGCGCUGACCAUUUAUUCAGCAGUUCUCAAGGAAAUUCCCCCACAAGUGACCAUACUGUAGAGGACAUUUUAUUGCGCUCCUCAUCUAUUGGUUCAACACACACAAAAUCCAGAAAGCCUUUAUACGGUGGUAUGUCUUCCAAUAAAAGCUCUGAGGGUAUUGGAUCCUUGGUGGGGACAGACGAAUUAGAUUUUUCAUUGGACGCCUCUGGGUCUCCCUCUCCUCCUGCCUCUCUGCUGUCUCAGUCUAUGCUAUCAGAGCUCAGAAACUUACUGUCAUCAAGAAAAGGGGACAUUAACCGACUUCUGACAUCUCAGACUCCGAGUGGAAACUUUGCAUAUGCCAAGAUUUCUGAUAGUAUUGUGACAAAGCUGACCCCUUUAAGACAGCCACUUAAUGAAAAUAUCAAGCGUAAGAAAUUGGUCCCCUUUGAAAGAAAACCUUCACCUCUGUCCUUUCUUCCCACGACACCACAGAGCUCUGGUAGAUCAGACAUACCAAGUACUGCCAAUGUGGCGACUGAUGACGUGCAAGACUCAAAGGAACCAUCAGGUCGAGCUGGACGUUAUAGAAAAUUACGAGCCCCUGGUCCUCCUAGCAAACAUACAAGUGAUUCAGAAAGUAUGUCAGAUGCAGAGCAUGGUACAGUCUUGAGAGCUCGCAUGUCUCUUGUGUCCUCCAAGAAAAUGAGUGGAAGUGUUAAUAUUUUGGUUGAAAGUAAUGCAGGAAAAUCUGCUGUAGAGCAUGGCACUAAACCAACCUCCAUUGUGCUUAUUAGGAGAAAAGCUGGUUUAGGCAAUCUCCUCGCUCCCUCUUCUCUCUUGAGAAAAAGAGUCGCUAAAUAUAACCAUUCCCUAUCAAUGCCAAAUUUGAAUACUACCUCACAAUUCUUUAGGCCUCAUGCCUCACCUAACUGCAGCUAACUCUAAUACUUGACAGUAACAAAGAAAAAGUAUAUUAAGAUUGCAGUUGUUUUACCCUCAUUAUAGCAGGAAUAAUACUGCUUUCUCUAUUAGCUAUCUUACUUGUUUUGAGUGGUGUGUGUUUGUUUGUGUGCAAAAUUUGAGGGUUUUUUAAUAACUAUUAAAAGCCCUUGACCCCACAAAUUAUUUUUCACUAAUUUCUUGGAUGAAAUGUACUUCAGUGUUUUCGAAUCCAGUGGUUUUAGCACUGCUGUCCUUAUCCACAACCUAUCUCCAUACCUUAGUUUCCUUAUCUUGACUACAAGUUAUGAAGUAUUAAGAGUGUUUUCAACAGACUCAGACACAAUUUAUCUGACACUUUUUGAUAAAUUAACAGAUGCCGGGUUAUGUGACUCUACCACGUCUCCGGAGGACUCCAAGAAAACGAAUAACUCAGUGAAGCCUGCAAGUGUGUUACCAGAGGACUCCAAGAUGUGAUUUGAUUAUUUGACUUUAUGACCACAGCAAAAGAUGAAACAUUCUUUGGAAGGUUGUAUCCUUUCAAUAUUUGCAUUUGGUAUAGCUUGUGGGCAAUUCAUACGGUAAAUUCUUUAUCUAUCAGUUUUAAAACAACUUGCAAGAAAAUAAGUAAUUGCUCCUUUUCUUUUUGCAAAAGUUGAAAAGGGGUAAAUUUUAUCUUUUUUAUUUUCACAUGUAGGUUUAGGUAUUUACAUGAAAUGUAAAUAUUCAUUCUCUCUUUGAAGUAUAGAUAAGUUAUACUUCAGAUGAUGAGAAGAGACGAGAUAUUGUUUAUCUACCACAGUGAAGUUUAAAAUUCAUCAUUUAGGAUUUUAAAAAUGAUAUAGUUUCUAAGCAUUGUCCCUGAAGGACAUUUCAUUUCCAAUUGUGCUUGUUAUUGAUGUUGACUGUUUAAUGUCUAUUUUGCUCUGUCUAGUCAGCCUUGUGUUAUUAACCAUCUUAAAGCUUAGAUUUAACGUUUGGCAUACUUAGCCCAUGUGUAUGAGUUCUCUUUUAAGCACUGUAGUUGAGUUUUGUGCCGUUGGUAUUUACUAAUGCAACAAUCAUCAACAUUGCCCCUCUUAUUUGUAUUUUCAUCCAGAAGGCAAUCAUUAAGCUUUUUUUGGUGUCUAUUCAUGCUGUACUGUAGUCAUCAUGGUGUGUUUUGUCAUCCAGAUGCUAUAGUAGACUGUGUGUGUUCUAGAAAUAAGUGACUGUGAUAUAAAAUGUUUCAGGCUUCUCAGAGCUAAAUCAUUAGCCUCAGUAUCCUGUUAAAAAUAUUGUGCUCUAUGUGAGCACGAGCCUAUUCCAUUAAGACUUAACUAAUCCAUCUUUUGUCAUACUGGGAGGUGGAUUUUUUAUUUUGUUGAAAUGAACCUGUUAUUUGCUGAUUUGGCGCUCGAAAAAACUUUAGUCUUGAAUUGUACAUAUUGUUCAAGUAUAUUAUAUAUAAUUUGCACAUCCACCAUUGUUUUCCCGAAAUAAUUUAAGAGUUAUGUAAAUGUGUUGAGAAAUAAAUGAAUACUGAAAAUAGUUCUA